GCACGUGGACGAGCCACCGCGGGAACCCCUCCCUCUGGACGCUUUCGGCCGCCCCAUCCUUCCCCCCGCUGGGGAAGGACCUUACCACAGACGUCCUCUGGAGGGGCGCGACAGAGAUGGACCUACCUUUGGAGCCCCUCUCCACCGCCCCUCUUCUGAGGAACGGUCGCGGGAUGGAAGGCCCUUUGGGGACCCUUACCGAGGGCGGGGCGAAGGUCCCCUCUACCGCGACGGUCGGGACCUUUACCGCGAUGGUCCCGACCAUCGGGCCGGGAUGCCCGAUGAUCGGGAUGGGAACAGAAAUUUCCCCUCCAGCGACCCUCUUCCUGCGCGAGGAGGUCCUCAUCACGGACGAGGGGGCCUGGACAGAGACCCUCACUUUGGACGAGGGGACAGAGAUACCUACUCUAGACGGGGGGGUUCAGAGAGGGAGCCGUCCCAUGGCAGGUCUCGUGACAGAGACGACAGAGAAACAAGACGUGUCUCUGAGCGACAGGACAAACCCCAGGAGCUGUGAGUGUGGCCAUGCUGCUCUGGGGUCUGACCCUCUGGGCAUGACUAAUGGGUCGGUCAAACCCUCUGAGCUUAACUUGCGGGUCAAACCCUCUGAGCUUAACUUAUGGGGCAAACCCUCUGAGCUUAACUUGCAGGUCAAACCCUCUGAGCUUAACUUGCAGGUCAAACCCUCUGAGCUUAACUUGCAGGUCAAACCCUCUGAGCUUAACUUGCAGGUCAAACCCUCUGAGCUUAACUUGCAGGUCAAACCCUCUGAGCUUAACUUGCAGGUCAAACCCUCUGAGCUUAACUUGCAGGUCAAACCCUCUGAGCUUAACUUGCAGGUCAAACCCUCUGAGCUUAACUUGCAGGUCAAACCCUCUGAGCUUAACUUGCAGGUCAAACCCUCUGAGCUUAACUUGCAGGUCAAACCCUCUGAGCUUAACUUGCAGGUCAAACCCUCUGAGCUUAACUUGCAGGUCAAACCCUCUGAGCUUAACUUGCAGGUCAAACCCUCUGAGCUUAACUUGCAGGUCAAACCCUCUGAGCUUAACUUGCAGGUCAAACCCUCUGAGCUUAACUUGCAGGUCAAACCCUCUGAGCUUAACUUGCAGGUCAAACCCUCUGAGCUUAACUUGCAGGUCAAACCCUCUGAGCUUAACUUGCAGGUCAAACCCUCUGAGCUUAACUUGCAGGUCAAACCCUCUGAGCUUAACUUGCAGACAGCGCGUAUCCUGUGUCUGGACGACUACUUCAUGGUGGAGAGCGAGACGACGGAGGUGGAGAGCGACACGGGCCGCAAGUUUAAGACCAAGGUGUGA